GCCCUUUAAGGCGGAUAAAGGGAACAGCUCCCGCUGCGCGUCGAUGCCGCGCGUUAAAACACCUCAUUAUUAAUUCCCCCACUCCACAGCUGCCGCUCGGAUCAUUUACCCCGCAUCGUGAUUUCUAGAGGUUAAUUUCUACAAAGUGUACUUGGACGGUUUCCUUUGCAGAGGAGAAGAAAUGCGACACCGAAUCCAGCCGGUUGGCUCUGUGGUGCGUAAUUGAUUCGGACAUCCUGCACCUAGGCCUGGCCGUCCUCCCCCUCCUGCCCUUUCCCUCAACUCGACUGAAACUGGCAAGCAUAAAUGAACGGCAAUGGAAGACAAGCGUAAGAAGCGCAGCCCAAAGGUGUCUCUCCCUCAGCCUCCUCCGCCACCCAUCAACCCCCGCAAGCUCUCUGUCCUGCCUGCCAGCAAAAGCGCCACCUUCUCCCUUGGCCUGCCGCAGCCCCCCUCCCCCAAGAACAGGAGCAAGUAUAAGAGAUCGAUAGGAACACCGGGACAGCCGAAAGAGGCUUUCACACCUGUUGUGGCUCCGCCAAAGACAACAAGAGCGCACAGGGAGAAGCCCAGGGCUCCACAGCCAGCUGGGCCCAGUAAAGUGGUCCAAUCAUCCCCCCUGCAGCACUCCUUUCUAACAGACGUCUCAGAUGUGAGAGAGAUGGAAGGAGGCCUCCUCAACCUCCUCAAUGACUUCCACUCAGGCAAAUUACAGGCGUUUGGAAAGGUGUGCUCCUUUGAGCAGCUGGAACAUGUGCGUGAGAUGCAGGAGAAGCUGGCGCGACUCCACUUCAGCCUUGACAGCCAUGUGGAGGAGCUUUCAGAGGAUCAGAGGAAGGGCGCAUCUGAUCACAACCUGGAGCACCUGCUGUGCAACCUGGAGGAGCUCAGCACCUCAAUACAAAAGCUCCACUUGGCCGAGAAUCAGGAUCUGCCCAAGACAUCUGGUCCCUGACAAGAAGGAGGUGCUCAAAAUGUUGAGAAAGCGCACAUCUUCUGGGAACAU